AUGCGGGUCUCUCGGGUCUCUGCCGGCCUCUUCCUCACUGAUCUGGACUCGGCUCUGAACACCAGCGUGUUGACCAGCAGAAAUGUCACUCUCAUCGUCAACGCCAGUGGGCUCGAGGACAUUUCCUACCCGCAACUGGAUGGUCUGCAGGUGCUCCACGUCCCCGUCCAGGACCAGCCUCAUGCCCCCCUCAGAGAGUACUUUGACCUGGUAACUGAACGGAUCAACCAGAACCAAACGGGGGCGACUCUGGUCCACUGCAGCGCCGGCAGAAGCCGGUCCUCUGCGCUGGUCAUGGCCUACCUCAUGAGGUCUCAGGGUCUCAGCCUCCGUCGAGCUCACGAACUUGUUCUGGAGCAGCGACCAUUUAUUCGACCCAACGCUGGUUUCUGGAGGCAGCUGAUAGACUUGGAGAGGAGCCUGUUUGGUAGGAACACGGUGAGGAUGGCGAGCACACCAGGCGGCGUCCUUCCUGAAGCUCUGGAGGACUCGGACGCUGCAGCGGUGUACUGCCUGAAUGUCUGAUGCUGGCUGGCUCUGCGGCGUUUUCGGUGUGAAGCGCUCUGAGGAACUGCUUCCACGUGCUCUUCCUGUUGUUGGGAGGAGCUUAUAAACCUGCGCAUAUUUCUCCUGUUCUGAGUGCUGCUCUGUGAUUGGUUGUGGUUUAAAUGCUGCUGAAAUCAUCUGUUUUCUGCAGUGUGUGCGUGUGUGUGUGUGUGUGUUAUGGUGCCAGAUGGUUUUUUACUUGUAAUUUUAUGGUACAAAUGAAAAAGUCACAUGACUGAGCAACUGGUUCAAUCAAACCUUUAUUUAAAAAAACCCCAAAACAACAACAAAAACAUCAUCAGCAACAGUUCAGACGCUGCACACAACCCUGCAAUCAAGCUGAACUGAGCAUGUGCAAGAAACACGUGAAAACAACGAGUAAGAAAAAGUUUUAUCAGGACAGCAGAUUGACCACAUUAGUCCGGGGGCGGGGCUGUAGGGGGGCGGGGCUGUGUGUGUGUGGGGGCUGAGGUCUCAGUACUGGAAGCUUCUCUUGGUCUGGAUGUCAUCGAGGAUCUGCUGCAGCUCCUCGUCCUCGAAGCGACCCUCCAAGCUGAAAACACAGAAAACUUUAUUGACACAGCAACCGAACAACCACACAGACAGGUGUCGUCAUGGAAACACAGCAUCGUCACAGAUCACUGCCUCCUGCUGCCGGUUCUGCUCUGAAGUAUCUGCAGAACUGAACCAGCUCUGGACAGGAAACUGAAUCUCUGCAGCUGUGUACCUGACCCCGUGGUAUAAUUCUCAAACACGUACCCUAAAGCAGAUGACUCGUAAUCUGGAGAGGAAAUGGCGU